AUGAUAAAAUUAACAGUAAUUAAAGAAGAAUAUCAUUUAAAAGAUGGAUGGUUCAAAAAUAUUAUUGAAUAUGGAAAAGACGAAAUAUCAUUGAUGAAAGAAAAACUGAAUUUAAUAGAUGAAAAUAAGUUACAAAUGAUACCAUUAAUGAAGCAACAUAUUGCUGCUGUUGAUUUCAUACAAACAGCUUUAUUAGCAUUUAAAGCAUUAUGCAAACGUGAAAUUCAUGGGACAUGUAAUAUGGAUAUGGAUACGACAAAUAUCACUACUACAAGUGUUAUCAGAGAUAUUAGUGAUAAAAAAAUAGGCGAUAUUAUUCAUGAAAAAACCAUCAUUGGUGAAAAUGUUAAAGGCGGUAAUAGUAGUAGUGAUAGUAGUAGUGAUAAUGGAAGAAAGAUAACGAUUGAUCCAAAUAGUGAUAAAUAUAUUGGUAUACCAAGUGAUGAAGAUGUUAUAAGCAAUAUAAUUGAAAUACCGGAAUGGGCAUGUAACGAGAAGCAUUCCACAAAUUAUAUCAUUUAUUGUCAAGGCGAAUUACUUCAUGCUGUAAUGAUGCUUAACAUUUUCAAAGAUUCAAAAACAUUUGUUGAUAAACCAUUAAAACGUGAUCCAACUGAAAUUGCAUCAGAUUUUAAGAAAAAAUUUCCACGUGAUAUUACAGUAAAUGAUCGUGAAGCUAUACGACAAUUUAUUGAUGAAAAUUUUGACGAAGAAGGGCACGAAUUAGAAAAAUGUGAAUUAGUGGAUUGGGAAGAGCAACCAGAGAAACUCUUAUCAAUAACUGAUCCACAAUUACGCCAAUUUGCAUUAAAUGUUAAUUUAAUUUGGAAAAGUUUAUGUCGAACAAUUAAAAAAGAAGUUAUGAAAUACCCAGAACGACAUUCAUUAUUAUAUGUGCCAUAUGAGUUCAUUGUUCCUGGUGGUCGUUUUCGGGAAUUCUAUUACUGGGAUACUUAUUGGGUAAUUAAAGGUCUUCUUGCUUCAGGUAUGCAGGAGACAUCACGUCGAAUAAUUCUUAAUUUUGAAUAUUUGGUAAAAACAAUUGGCUUUAUACCAAAUGGUGGUCGAGUGUACUAUUUGCGCCGCUCACAACCACCACUUUUUAUACCAAUGGUUUAUGAGUAUUAUAUGGCAACUGAAGAUGAUGAUUUUUUACGUUCCAUAAUGAAUACUAUGGAAAUGGAAUUCAAUUUUUGGAAAACAAGUCGAAUGAUUAACGUAACGAUUAAUGAAAGAAAUCAUUCAGUGUUUUAUUAUCGUGCAGAUAGUAAUGUACCACGACCAGAAUCAUAUCGCGAAGAUUAUCAAACAGCAGAACGAGUUGAUCGACAAAGAAGGCGUAAAUUAUGGCGUGAUAUAGCAAGUGCUGCUGAAUCGGGUUGGGAUUUCAGUAGCCGAUGGUUUCAAAACAGGAAAAGUAUGGAUACCAUUGUUACAUCUGAUAUUAUUCCAGUUGACUUAAACGCUUUCAUGUAUUGGAAUAUGAAAAUUCUAGCACAUCUUCAAGGAGAAAUUGGUAAUCUCACUCGACGCGAUGAGUUAAAUCGAGAACGAUCAAAUUUUGUGGAUACAUUUGAAGCAGUCUUUUUUGAUACACGUGAAGGUGCAUGGUUUGACUUAAACCUAAAAACCGGUGAGCAUUACGAUGACGCAUAUCCAUCGUUAGCUGUACCACUUUUUACCGAAUGCUACCAUAUGCUAAACAGUGCUAUGGUGGCUGAUGUCUUAGAAACAUUACAACGAAAAGGAUUAUUACAAUUUCCAGGUGGCAUACCAGCAAGCUUAAUGAAAGGUACCAAUCAACAAUGGGAUUAUCCAAAUGGUUGGGCACCAAUAAAUCAUAUGAUCAUUGAAGGAUUACGUAAAUCAAAUAAUCCAACAAUGCAACAACGCGCAUUUGAAAUUGCCAAUAAAUGGAUUAAUCGAAAUUACGCUCUAUAUCAAAAAGAUCAUAAAAUGUGGGAAAAAUACGAUGUCGCAAAAGAAUAUGUACGAGCUGCUAAAGGUGGCGAAUAUGAAAAUCAGUAUGGCUUUGGAUGGACUAAUGGUGUCGUACUUGAUCUACUUGUAACAUUCAAUAAGAGAGCAAUAGUUAAGCCAACAGGUGGUGUAACAGAUGUUCAUGGAACUGGACGAGCUAAUAUAUCUGGUACUAACCGAACUCUUCUUACUCGAUAUCUAGGAACAGGCAAACCGUUCGAUUUUUUAUGGUGGUUUACAAAACGAAUCCUUAUCCGAACACUGAUCAACUUCUUGAAAUGCAAAAGUUCCGGUAGCAGCGGAUAG